AUGGAAAAAUAUGAAAAUAUUAAAAUUGUUGGUGAAGGAAGUUAUGGAAUUGUUAUGAAAUGUCGUGACAAAGAAACUUGUAAAAUAGUAGCUAUUAAAAAAUUUUUAGAAACUGAAGAUGAUGUUAAUAUUCGUAAAAUGGUAUUUCGUGAAAUACGAAUGCUUAAAAAAUUACAUCAUGAUAAUUUGGUAAACAUGAUUGAAGUAUUUAGAAGAAGAAAAAGAUUUUAUCUGGUAUUUGAUUACCUUGAUCAUACUGUUUUGGAUGAGCUAGAAGCAUCACCUGGUGGUCUUGGUCCACAAAUAUCACGUCGACAUAUUUUUCAAGUUCUUCGUGGAUUAAAUUUUUGUCAUGUUAAUCAUAUAAUGCAUCGUGAUAUUAAGCCAGAAAAUAUAUUAGUUUCAUCAAAUGGUGUUAUUAAAAUUUGUGAUUUUGGCUUUGCAAGAUUUAUAUCUGGUCCAAAUGAAUCAUGUACUGAUUAUGUUGCAACAAGAUGGUACAGGGCACCAGAAUUAUUAGUUGGUGAUUUGAGAUAUGGUAAAGCUGUUGAUAUUUGGGCACUUGGUUGUCUCUAUGCAGAAAUGGUUACUGGUGAUCCAUUAUUUCCUGGUAAAAGUGAUGUUGAUCAGCUGUAUUUAAUCACCAAACUUCUUGGAGGACUUUGUAAAAAGCAUCAAACAAUUAUCAAACAAAAUACAAUGAUUAAUUUACCAACAAAAUUUCCACGACGUUCAAGUCUAUCUGAUGAUCAAUCAUUGAAUAAUACAAAUGCCAUUCGUUCACUGAGAUCACAGUUUAAAAGUUGGACAUCAUCAGCUGUUGAUUUUUUAUCUCAAUGUCUUAGAAUGGAUCCGGAAAAUAGAUCAUCUAGCUCAAAUUUACUUCAUCAUUUUUUAUUUAUGCAAGAUGAUUUUGCUGAAAAAUUUUUAAUUGAAUUAAAGAAAAAUAUUUAUAAAGAAAAUGUUAAAAAUUCAAUGACGUUAAGACGAAUUGAAAGUAAAAAAACAGCUAAUGAAAAAACAAGAGUUUUUUAUGGAAGUGCUGAAAGAUGGCAAAUACAGAAAAACGGUGAAGAAUUUUCUACAGAUGAUCAUCAGAGAAAUAAAAAAUUGAAUAACUUUGGAUCAAAAUCAUCAGCACAAAGAUCAACUAAUUCGCAGGAAGAUUCAAUGUAUAUUGGCUCACUAUCAAUCACUCCAAAUACAACUUAUAUUAAACUUUUGGAUAACACAAGUUUUUAUAAAACAGAUCAAAAAAAUCAAAAUAUAUUUUCAUUUCCAGCACUACCACCAUCUCGUAGAAAAUAA